UUCUGGAAGUCAAAUCAGUUCCUGAAUUAGCCGAAUUCUGUGAUAGAAAACAUCGGCAAAGCGGUGUUAGAGACAAUGGUGAUCAGCUGAUGCUUGGACAUAUCAACACGAAUCUCCACGAGGACAUUCCUGAAGAUCAACGUUAUUGGCUUAUACAUAAAGGUGGCUACACCAUGGUACGACUGUUAGAACACUUACCAGAUGGUAGAGCGCUGGUAAAGGUUGCUGGACGUGAGAUGACUGUGGAUUCGACCGAUAUUGAUCGAAUGAAUCCCACCCAGCUAGAUCGAGUAGGAGAUGUAGCAGCGUUACGUUAUCUAAAUGAGACAAGCACCGUGCAUUUGCUGAGACAGAGGCAUGGAUGCAAUCUCCUCUAUACGAAUGCUGGCCUGACUAGUAUUCUAUGUGUAGCAUCAGCUGAAGAAGGAGCCGUUGGUCAGGACCGGCUGGUGUCGUUAUUUAAAGGCUGCAGACGUGGUCAGAUGCCUGCUCAUGUGUAUGCUACUGCGCAACAACUAUAUUUCGGUGAAGUCUGUAAAAUCAUAGAUUCUGGUAGCCCAUCUUUACCUCAUUUUAUACCGUUUAGGAACCUACAAAUGACGGGACAGAAUCAGUGCAUUGUACUGACGGGUAACAGUGGAAGUGGGAAGACGACCCAACUUCGUAAUUUGGUCCACUAUCUCUCUGAAGUAGCUGGAUGGACUAGGACACUGUCAUGUACGUCCGUACCUUAUCUCCGC